AUGUCUUCCUCCACGGGGCCAUCCUCUAUUGGAACGAAUAUAUCGGAGGCUUGGUUGAUCAAGGCACUACGACUUCUGCAUUCACAAAAGGCGGAGGAUACUGCACGUUUGCGCAAGUUAUACAAAGAUACAUGUGAAAAUGAGGCAGCCGUUGCUCGUAUAACUCUUGCGGAGGCUCUUCGGAUGGAGCCUUCAGGACUCAAGGAGGAGAACAGUUCCGGUAGCGAGCGUGGAGUUGUGCGUCCGCGCAUUUCAGCUCAAGGUCCUUUGUUGACAUCGGAGUCAGCCCAAGGCGAUGGUGGAGCCUCUAAAUCAUCCAAAUCGACUAAUUUCUUCGAUGUGACGGCUUCCACUUCCUCUGCUCACGUUUCAACAAUUUCAUCGAAAAAUCAGAGUCCCUCAAGCACUACAAAUGGUAAAUUGGUGUUAUAA